CCACCGCGCGGCGCUUACGUACCCGUAGUAUUCCGCGUCGCCCGUUCUCAAUACAAAGAACACCUCUGUAUUGUAAAAAAUCUGUGAUGUAUUGAUUAAUUUCAACUUUAUCCUCUCACUAACAUACCUCUAACGCCACAGUGAAGUUCAAACCAGUGUUAGAAUCAUAGAAAACGACGUUUCCAAAGCGUUUUGAACGGGCCACGUCCUAUGAAAUUCCUCAUUUAUCGUUGAAUAGAAUCUAGCGGUCGGAGGAACAUGGAGGGCCCGUCGCGGCGUCUCUGAAUGGAUUGAUCGUGUUUUAUAUGUGAAAUUGUGGACGUUCCGUGGUGUUUAGUGAUAUUUGAAUGUAAAUAUGGAUUGGUGUAUGUGUGUAACAGUGUAGGUAGUUCCCAGUUCGUAGCGUCUCCGUCGUAUUAUGCGCGUCGAGUAAACCAGUCAGAAUGGUUUCGCUCGCGUACUUCGGCCUCCGCCACACGCCGUGGACCGUCCUGGUGCUGAUUUUCUUCAUCGAAAGCGUGAUGGGGAACUAUGCCAAGUCCUUCUACAUACAUUGGAAUACCACAAACAGCAUAUUUAGAAUAGACAACACCGAUCAUGUAUUCGACUUGAAUAAAGGGAACGCGCAGUUCGAGUACGACCAAGUGAACAUUAUAUGUCCAGUGUACACGCCAGGGACGUUUGAGGAGGACACUGAAAAGUAUAUAAUUUAUAAUGUGAGCAAAGAAGAGUACGAUACGUGUAGGAUAACGAAUCCGAAUCCCCGGAUAAUAGCUAUAUGCGAUAAACCGCACAAAUUGAUGUUUUUCACAAUCACCUUCCGGCCGUUUACCCCUCAGCCGGGCGGGCUGGAGUUCCUGCCCGGGAAGGACUACUACUUCAUAUCGACCUCCAGUAAAGACGAUCUGCACAGACGCAUUGGGGGUCGAUGUCUGAGCCAUAACAUGAAGCUGGUGUUCCGGGUGUGCUGCAAGCCGGAGGAGCAGUCUCCUCCGCCGCAGCCGCAGCCCACCCUGCCACCGCCGCCGCCGCCACCCACCACCCCAUCCACAACCACGACCACGACAACAAUGAAGCCGGUCACUAAAAAGACGCACAAGUACGACAAGACGCCGAAUGAAGUUAUCAAGAGUGAGGAGUUGUCUCACUCGCGCGGGGCUGCGCUGGCUUCGUCGCUCGCUCUCGCCCUGGCCGCGAGCGCGGUUUUAGCGCCCCUGGCUCGGUGAAUGUGCGCCCGGGCGGCUCGACCACCGCGACCCGACCUCGUCGACAAGCCAGGCCCAGCACAGACUCUACACACGCUGCAUUUACGCCCAGACACUCUGAUUUACACGUGAAUAUGUGCGUAAGAAACAGUGUUAGAAGUAAAACUAAAGUGAACAGUAUAGUGAUGUGCCCCAAGGAUUGUGGAUCUGACUCGACUAGUAAGUAAUCGAAUGGUGAUGAAGGGAUGUGCAAAACUCAAGUUCCGAUCAAGUUCCAAACGACAAAACUUUAGUCUGUAAGGGACACGAAAGCCUAAUUUUUAUCUAAGUAAUAUGGGCCUACUGAGUAAUCGAACUAAUUUGUGAAGUUAAUUUCAUUAGACGUCAAACCGUAGACUAUCAGUUAAAUAUUUAUAUAUAAAGAAAUGUUAACAUGUAUGAUAAAAUUAGGUUUCUUAAACCAUUUAGGAAUUAACGAUUUUUUAUAUUUUCCAUUAUGCAAAAGAUAUUUGUAAUAAGACUUAGGGUUCUUAAUGGAUCAAUGCAGAUUAUAGGAAAACUAAACGUAUAUAAAGAAGAAUUAGGUAGCUUUUUGUUUAAUUUUUAGUUCAAAAGACAAGUUUUUUAAUGAUUUUCAACACAAGCAGAUAUUGCAUUAAUUAGAAUUUAUUUAUAAAUAUAAAUGAAAAACUUUUGGGCAAGCAAAGAGUUUGUCUCGACCACUGUGAUUUUGGUUUUAGUAUUUUUUUUCUUCUUAUAAAAAAUGCUUUUAUUAUGUGAUAUAUUUACCUUUUAUGUAUUAAAAGUGAAGCCUCUUUCACCUCAUUUCUCUUGACUGAUUUUGCAUUUCAGCUUUUUAAUUUUUAUUUAAUAAAAAAACUAAAUAUAAAUCGCUAACAACGAGCGCCACUGUCUUUGAAAAUGGCUGUUUAAACGCCAGUUUAAGAUCAAAAUCAAAAUAGCAAAUGAAAUAUCAAAAAAAGGUGGUGGCAAGCGUUUUAUAGCUAAAUAAAAUAAUUGAAACCUACACCUAUUUAGAAGGGAUGAAAUUUUCAUUAUUGUUGAGAUAACAGUGAAAAUUUCAUACUUUUUCAUUAGACACAAAUAAGCACUCGUGUGCCAUUUUGAGAACGUGUUAAUUAAAACAAAAACAUGUUCUAACAAUAUUAAUGAAAUAGUCAAAUAGUUGAAUACUAGUAGAUGAAAUAGUCCGGUUUUCUUUUAGAAAUAACUCAAUAGUGACAGUUGAUAUAAUUUAGGUAGCUCAUAAGGAAACGUUUGACUUGAAUUACAAAUUGUAUUGAGAUUAUAAACAAGAGUCUAAUUCCCUAAAAAGAGACACAAUAGUAGAAGCUAAUGUACUUAACUACCCUAAAAAUGAAACAAUAUUAGUCAAACUUGACACAAUCGAUUUCGGUGAUAAAGAAAAUGGAAUAGAUCAAUCAGAUGAUAUUUCUGAAGUAAUUGACGAAGAAUAGAAUGUACCAGAAGGUAUAGCUAAUUACUGUUUUACUAAAAGGCCAGAAAUGAACACACAUGUGCAAGAAUGCAGUGGAAAGCUUAUUAAUAUGAGUCAUUGCAUGGGAGUGAUAUUCGACCUAUCCACAGCAAGCCCAUUUGUCAUUUCCAAUGUGACGUUUGCAGCAAUCUUUCUCAAUUCUCUAAGAUUUAUUCACAAUAAAUAAAGAAAUGCAAUACAGCAAUAAAAAAUGGUGGAAUUUUAUCCAAAUAUCAAAACAAGAGUUUCCAUAACUGCUACCAUGAUUCAAAAAGCAUCUGGCCGUUAAAAGAAAGAAAUAAACGUUCUAAUUUUAAACUGAAGCUAAUUAAAGAUAAAGAUAAAAAGAACGUGACACUAAAAAGGUUUCAUUCUCUUUUUUUUAAAAAACAAAACGGUUUUUAACAGUGACUUUGGGCGUACAUUGUUUUCUAAACAAAUGUCAGAUUUAAAAAUAGUCUGUGGACGACAUCACUAUCUUAGAAUACAAGCUAUUACCCUGUCUUCGUUUAGGGGUAAAUGACAUGUUUAUGUGACAAGAGAAAGCAAAGUCAUCGUGAAGGAAGAUGCCAGAGUUUCUAUGAAAUCUAGUCCCACCAAUAGCUAUGUGUGUUACAUCAUUGGAUAGAUAAUUUUGAGAUAAUUGAAGCCCUUGUAUAUUGAUAGAGACUGAAUUACCUAUUGGAUUGACGUUAAUUCAUUCCCAUACUUGAUCUUUCUACUCUCCCAGUAGACAAGCGCUCAUUUGACUCAAAGAACACAUCUAAAUCUAUCUCUAUGCGAAAUUUCAUGCCGAUUUCUUUCAUUGGUUUUUGUGUACUAUAACUGCUUCUGAAUCAUUGAAUUUCUUUUAGGUUUUGUCAAAUAAAAACACGAUGACAAAAACAUCAAAACCAACUCGACCGACUUUAAGAUUACUAUGAAAGUAUGGAUAAUCGAUUUAAAAUUUAGCAUAUUUGAGCAUCAGAAAUAAACAAAACACUCAUUGACUUGAAUAAUGUCUGCCUUCAAUUUUGGUGCGAUAUUACAAAAAGAUUUUCGAGUCGAAAGAUUUCUCUCAGACGAGUCCCAUCUUGAUUUAAUUCUGUCAAUUUCUCUUUGAAUGAUAUUCUAUUUUUAUCAUGAUUAUGAUAAAAAGUUAAAACUUAAUGAAAUGUGUCCAGAUUUUAAUUAAUUUUAUGAUUAUCAUUACUUGUCUUUUAGUAAAGAAUUUUCUAAUGAAGCAUUUGAAAUGUACACUGCUUUUAGUAUAGAUAGAUGUUUGUAACUCUCUUACACAAAAACUACUGAAAAUAUUUGGCAAAAAUUUUGCAUACAGAUAGAUUGUAACCUAAACCAUCACGUUUAUGACUUUUAAUCCCAGUUCAAUAUCAAAACUAAGCCAAAAGCCUUACAAAAUCUCAUAACUAUUCUAAAUUUUCUCAUUACCAAUUCUCAAUUCUCAUCGACAACGGAUAUUGGUAUCGUUACAAAUCUUUUGUUGUUUGCAUUUCACAUGUCACGAGCGGAAGACACUGGACAAACACCAUGAUAUUACAAAAUACACAUUUUUACCACGCCUUUGUUCGAGAAAACAUCCUCUAGUUUACGUUUUAUAUGCGUCAUUGUAGUGAAAAGGCGUAAACUUACGUUUUCUGCUAAUAAGGCGAAUUUUUUACAGUAUUUGUUCCUAUUAAAAUUUUGGUAACUUUUUGAUUAGCUGUGGACGUCUUAUAACUGAUGAUAAUGAUCGUAAUCUGAUUUCAAUCAAUCCAAUAGUCUAUAAUUAUUUUUAAAGUUUUGAAUCCAUCCCCUAUCCACUGUCUUCUGUUUAGCUAAUACUCAGAAAAACAAAAUCCCCAAAAAUAGCUAAGUUUAUUUAUUUAUUUGGACAACCAGUAGUUGUUAAAUUAGGACUUAAAUCUAAACACUUGUCAUAAUUAACUAAUUUAAAGACACAAUGUUUUAAAGUAUCACAACAUGCCUUGUAAGACCACAUAACAGUUUAUAGUUCAAAACUUAAAUACGUGACCCAUAAACGCAAAAAUGCUUAGCAAAACCAGUCACUUCCUGGAAAAUAAAGUUGUUUCUAUAAUUCUGGGCUUUGUAUUGGCUAAAGCUAAAGCAAUUAAACUCUGUAGAAUAUGCAAUACGGAUCCCAAGCCUCUUAACGACAGGAGAAAGCAUGAAGCAAUAAAUUGUUUGGAACAAAAGGCUUAGAGUCUUUACAAAUAUUAUUUGUCAGAAGUAAUAGUCGUUAUUCUAACGAGUUCUUAACUAUAACCUAUACAGUUUGGUUUCAUCUUCAGCCAUGUUGAAAUCUUUCUAGUUAAAUUUAACUGUCGGUAAAGGCAUACGGUACUGAUUUGGGUAGUUAAUUUUUAGGUUUUAGUUUGAUUCUGAUGUCUGUUGUCUAGAAUGUUAAAUCAAUGGCAAAAGCGACUUUUAUAUAGAUCAUCAUCUUGUCUUGUCAUGCUUUAACUUGUGAAAGUUUUAGCUAAAGGAGGUUGCAAAUCCUGGUCCCACCUUCCAAUAGCUACGUUUAUAUUGGAAGGUGGGACCAGAUUUCAUAGAAACUCUGGCAUCAUCCUUUAUUUAUUCUUCGUCUUACCAAAUAGCAUUUGGAACUUAUAACGCCUCUGGUGUUUCGGGUUUACAUGGGCGGCGGUGAUUGCUCAUCAUCAGGUGAUCAGUCUGCUCGUUUACCGGCUUAUACCAUAAAAAAACUAAACUUUUGUUGGCUGUCGUAUCCUUGACUCGGACUGGUAACUUAACAGUUAAAUAAAUCAUACAUUAAUAGUAAACCUACCUUACCCAAUUGCAAGUUAAACUCCUUAUAAAUUCCAUAGCAACUUUUACAUCAUUAUAUUUAUUUUUCCAUUACUGCUACUAAAACGAGUAGGAGCGAUACUCGGUGUCCCUCAGGGUUACAUUAUAGGCCCCUUAUUAAAGUACCAAUAACAUUGUUGUUUUACAUUUCAUCGUACAUUGAAAUGAACUCACCUAUAGCUUCAGCAUUUGCAAUAGAGACUGCUAACAUUAAGAUCUCGGAUUUUAAAAGUAAUAUAGACGUCUUUAAUUUUAAUAUUAGCAGUGCUAGGCAUAGCAUUUGAAGUAGAGUUCAUUAUGUGUUUGGUAUACUAGCGCUCUUUUAAAAAUUUGGACUGAUACCACAGCUAUUAAUACUGUCUAUACUACAGACUGUCUGUCUAUCCUUUCAAGGAUUAACGGACGUGAUGUUAUGUUAACUUUUUUAUAAAGCUCACACAUAGAGAUGUAACCUCAACACAGGUAUAACAAGUAACCGAGUCGUACAGACCGUUGAGUGGUUCUAUUUUUAUUUUAAACUAAACAGUUAAAUAUCUACUUAGCGUUUCUGGGUACACGUUUGUUUUAACUUCGUCUUCAGUUAUUUUCAGUCCCUGAAGGGUUUGUGAACGUACCAAUCUUGGACGCGUGUUUGUAAUAAUUUAAAAUGUGUUAUUCUUUUUCUAUAACACAUCUUUUUGAUGUCGUAGACUUGUUAAAAACGUCAGAGAUUGUGUUCUUUUUCCCUUUCUCUUGUUUUUUGAGACAGAUUGAGUUGUUUCGGUUUUUUGGAAAAGGGAUCUUUGGAUGUUAAUGUGUCGUUAAAGUCUUGUUCUCUUGGGUAGUCCGUAAAUUAUCCAAGUGUGGGCGCGUUUGGUCUUUCUUUUGUCUUAUGACAAUAUUUGUUUGUCAAUUGAUAUAUGUAUUGAGUCAUUAUUGUUUUGAGUACAUUUUGUUAUUGCUAAGAUCGUCUGUUCGUUGAUCAGUUGAAUAGUAUUUGUCACUACUUUAGUGAAGCCGUUUGCUCAUUCAAAGAGUAUCUAAUGGCGAUCAAAUCAGCAUUAUCUAAUGUUACUGAUAUUCGAUUUCUUUACCCACAUCAUCUAUAAAAAUAAAAAUGUCUCGCCAAAAUGUAUGUAUAGUAAUCUUCGGAAUUAGUGGUUCAAAUGGAAUAAUUAUUUUUGUGUUGGAUAGCUCAUUAAUUGAGGAAGGUUUUUGCUGAUAAAACAUUGCAAUACGGUCAAUAGGAGCCAAGCAGAGCAGGUGAAUAGCUAGUUAUAAAUAUUAUAAUUGCUUACAUAAAUGCUGCAAAACGGUAAAAAGUACUCCAUUGAUAUUUAAUAAUAAUUGUAACUAACUGUUUUCACCGAAAUUAUGACCAAGAAUGUAAUCAUGCAAAACUGUUUCGUUUGCAAAAUUGUUUUCUAGCUUCGCGUACGUAAUGAAAUAAUUAUAACGAAUAUUUGUUUCUUUAAAGGAACCGCCUUCAAUUAUUUCUUCGUCAUUACGAAUAGUUUUAUUCAUUUCUCUAUUAACUUCUUUUGAGUCAGGAUCAUGUUUGAUGUUUAAUUUGUCUUUAAAAUCCACUUUGGCUGGUAUAAAGUUAGUGUCAGAGUAUUUAUUUCAAUUAAACAGUUUUUUGAUGGUUUGGGAAGUUAAAAUUGCUAAUGAGAUGUAUGUUGAAGAAGUAAUCAGUGGUAAGGAUAAAAUAUAAUUUUCCAAAUACCGUUCUAUGUUAGGGUAUUGCUUAAAAUCGGUCUCAAUUUCUGGCCCAAAACCUAUUUUGGACCCAAAUAGAACAUUCAAUGUUAAGAUAUUGCUAAACGCUGGUCUGAAUCUCUGAUCCAAAACUCAAUUUCCCUAAAAAUCGAAUCCAAAAUCCCAGAUAAGAACAGUAGCAGCUAAAGAAACAAUUAUCAUAAACAUUUCACAUAAUAUAUUAAACGUAUCAUAACUCCAUUCUGAAAUAAAUUUAAUUAAUUAACUAAAGAGAAUAUGAAACGUAAUUAGUUGAUGUAUUUAUUGUUAUUAUACAAACGUGUAUAUGGAAGUUAUUUUGGGACUUUAAAACUCUAAGAUGGGAUUUGUAUGACACUAGCUUCUGCAAAUGGCUUUGCUCGGAUUUCUAUGGGAUAGAAAGUUGCCUAUGUGUUAUUCUAGACCAUAAUGUACCCUUGUUCCAAAUAUCAUGUCUAUAUCUUCAGCCGUUUUGACAUGAAGGAUGAUGAUGCAUAGUUUCUGUCUGCGGUCUCGCUCGCGUUUCUAUGUAUUCCAGAUCUUAAUCUACUCCUGUUCCAAAUUUCAUCUCGAUCCCUUCAGCUGUUUUGAUGAGAAGUAGUAACAAACAAACAUAGUUUUGAGUCACAGAAGGUUUUUAAAUAUUUGUUUCUCAAUAAAGUCAACAUUAAAUAAAGUACCAAAAAAAUUACUUACUUAAUACGAAUUACUCUUGUAUCAUUCAUACAUUUAUAAACACAAUAAUUUCACAUACAUCACACCCAAACUAGAAACAACAAAAUUAUCAAUGAACUGUUUCAUACUAAAUACCAGCUAUAGACCUCUGCCUACCCAUAUAGAGAAGAAAGUAACCAUGAAUAUAAGUAAUAUAGAGUAUAAACCUCUUGUAUAGCUCAAAGUGAACGAGGUUGUGGAGUUGACCGUACCACGUUACAGAGCUAGUUUGAAACCGGUUUGGACAAAUAACAGAGAGAGGUUUUAAAAAAAAUAGUGGCAACUCUAUGGCUUGCUUUACUGUUGUGGAAUUGUUGUUAUUUUUUUUUAUUAUUGUUCUUGCUAAAGGUAUGGUUUUGAUAUUAAAUUUGUAGCUUUUUUGAUUAAAUUGAAACAUGUACGUUUUGGAGUAGUAACACAAGUGUUUAUCUAAUAGGUUUCAAAUUAUCAUUUAAUCUAAGUAUUGUUGAGAUUUGGAAGCUCUUGAGUAAAAAAACAAAAGCUAAACUGUACCCACUGCAUGCCAAUAGAUUCUCUAUAACUUUAAAGUUAGAACUCAUAUUACAAUACACAGGUUUCAGAUCAUCAUUUAAUCUAAGUAUUGUUAGAUUUUACAAGCUCUUAGUGAAGAAACAAAAGCUAAACUGUACUCGCUGUAUGCUAAUAAAUACUCUAUAACUUAGAAGUUAGAACUCAAAUUGAAAUAAACGGAAUCAUGGUGGAAAUUGAGCGCUACAUUGCAUAUACACUUCUGCCUACUCUUUUAAGGAUUAAAGGGCAGAAAUAUGAUGUAGUUAGUACUUCAAAUUUGCCCUACCUAAAAUAUUCUCCAUAUAAAACAAUUACAGAAAAUUACUGCACCACGAAUUUAAACAGACAACGCCGUAGGGCUUACCAAUGCGCGCUAUCUAGCCGUAAUAUCUUUGAAAUAUAAUUUUGAAUUGGGUGUGCCAAACACACCCUUUUGUCAUACUGAUUUAAGAUCAAAAUGUUGUAAACAUACAUAUACAACAUCAAAAUUGAUUGUCUUAAGCAUAUUAUGCAGUACAUGUUUAAUUUUUACCAAUAUCUUUUGUAAAAAUGGCCAUGGAUUGGGAACAAUUAUAGAAAGUUGAAAUAGUGAAUUCAAUAAUACUAUCACUACAUUGGAGAUUGAGCCUAAAAUCAUGCUCUAAUAGGUUCAAAUUUGCUUCUAUGGCAUCAACAGCUAGUAACAGUCUAUUGCUGAAUUGAGUCUAAUUUAAUUUAUAGGGUUUGCCAUAACAUCCAUACUUUAGAAGACAGAUUGGUUUGCUGUUUAAAAUGUUCAAGUUUAUCAAAGAACGCUAUUGCCUAGUCUUUGUCAAAUGUGCAGUUACUAAGACGGAGGAAGGUAAAAGGAAUAGUGAUUAUGGCAAUACUAACGUUUAUAACAAAAAAUGAGGAUCAAAUCGAGAAAGUUUCUCACCAAACACAAAAAAGAAAAAGAAACUAACAGAAAAGAAGUAUGUGAUAUAAAAAUUAAUGGAAAAUAAUUAAAUUUUAUUGCAAGACGCGAUCGCAUAAACAUUUUAGUUGAAACGGUCGUCCAAUUUAUGGCCGAUUGGCCAAUGGUACAUCGUGGUGUAGUUAAAAUCGUAAAUGAAACCUGUCCUAGUAUUGUUCAGUAUAAUAACAGUUAAAUAAUAUUGAUAUAUAAAGAUUUUAAUAUAGGUAAAGUGACUGGAUUAUUUAGACACCACUGACAAACGCUGAAGGAAAACAUCGUGAGGAAACCUAGGCUUAAAAUUUCUAAUUAUUUAGUUUGAAAUCGCCAACCUGCAAGCAAGCGUGGUGAUUAAUGCUCAAACCUUGUCCAUGUGAGAAGAGGCUUUAGUCAGUAGUGGCCACUUAUAGGCUAAUAAUGAUGAUGAUGUUGACUGGACAAACAAUUGGGUGGCUAAAGCCCACUAUCUCGUCUUUAGACGAGAGCAGGCAUCCUUUAAAACCAAUAAGGCAGCUUACACAUGAUAAACAGUGAACAGUUUUUAUUGUCUCUAAGCAAAAUGCAAGCAUUUGUCAUUUGUAGGCCGCCUAUUGUUUGAUCCAUGCAUUUGUCUAAUGACGCAAUCUGGACAGUUACUCUGACGUGUUGCAGAUUGACUAUUAGCAUGAUCGACAAAUUUACAAAUAUUGCUCUAAGUCUUUGUGAUCGUCAUACCAAGAACGAAAACUACAAAUAUUGUUGCUUACAUUGUGUUUCGUUAUAUAUAUUAUGUCCAUCUAGGGUACCCAGCUCAUGUCCAACUUACUAUAUACUUAUACUAAUGUCAUACUUUGCAACGUCACGCCUUUUGUCUCCGAAGGGGUAGGCAGAGGUGCACAUUACGGCACGUAAUGCCGCUAUACAAUGUACAUCCACUUUUCACCAUUUGUAUUUUAAGUCCCAUGUAAUAGGGGGCACAUUCUAGACUCCGAGCUACUACUGAGGAAUUUUUGAAAAGCCGAAAAAAGCCCAGUAAUACAUUGCCCGACCCGGGAAUCGAACCCGAGACCCGUUAAACUAGCGACCAACGAGACAGUAAUGUUAUACUAAUACUGUAUCUAUCAUAUCCUAUACCUCUAGCCUCAGUCAAUAGGUCACUGACCGCUUUUCAAAGACAAGAAUUUUUAGAUAUAUUUUCUCCAAUACUUGUCUCAAAUCGUUCGUCAGCCAUUUUUCUUUUUCUUUUAGUAUCAACAAAUAGAUAUGCAAAUGUAUCUUUUACUGUUUUGCUGUUAUUUGGGAUUAUGAUAUAUUUGAUGCUUUGUGUAGGAAUUUGGGAUAGAUUGUUCAAUGUUUAUUCUUUAUCACCGUAAACCAAUGUUCUGGGGAAAAUUUGGUUUAUUCGUUUAUUUAUUUUUUUAUCUUUGGAAGGUCCUGUUUGUUGAAUGGAUGCUAAUACCUUACAGUAUACGCUUAAGUGUGGGAGAGCCAUGCUUUGGCACGAAUGAGCCGGCUCGACCGAAGUGAUACUACGGCCUCACAGAAAACCGACGUGAAACUACGUUUGCGUUGUGUUUCGUUGUGUGAGUGAGGUUACUGGAGGCCUAAUUACCAUCUACCCAAUCCCGACACCUCAAUAACCCUUAAAUUUUCUAAACCCCAAAAGACCGGUAACGCAUAUUUAAUGCCUUUGGUGUUUCGGGUGUCCAGGGGCGGCGGCGAUUACUUACCAUCAGGUGAUCCGUCUGCUCAUCUCCCGGCUUAUAUCAGAUUUGAUUACUGGUGUGGAAUUCUUGACUUCAGUUUUUAUUUUAAAAUUCUUCAAGUUACAUUGGAAAUGGUUAUGGUGUUUGAAAAAAAAAAAUGAAAUUGAACAAAUCUCAAAUCUAAUUACAUUUAAAGAAACUUGGCCAAGCACAGAAAUCAAACCCAACUAAUUCUCAACACUCUCGUAAUCAUAACAGUCGAUCUUGUACAUUCCGUGCACUACAGUAAAGAUAAUGACCCGAAAAUCGUACCCAACACUAAUUAGCAGUACUUAUAACCAACGAACCAGAACAGCGAACAGCCAAAAAAAAACAUGGCCGACAAAAAACAGCACUAAAACAUGAUAAUAGACGUCUUGAAGACAGUUCACUGUUUGCCUAAAAAAAGGCAAAAAACGAACAUGUUAUUAAAACUGCGGACGGAUAAGAAAUAGCAUAUAAAUUACAAGCGAAACCAGGUUAUAAAUCAUAGUCGUAAUAUUAAUCUUGUGUAGCGAACGUCUCUAUUCUAACUUUUGUUAUUUUUGGAACAGUGUUACCCAAAGUUGUGGAUGUUACUGAGGAAAUUCAAAGCUACAUAUCAAGAAAUAGAAUCCAGUUUAUCAUGACCUCACUUUAUAUGACCUCUCUAUGCAUAGGACGGUCAUUUUAUACUGGUUGAUCUGACCAGUUUAUCAUAGACCCGCUUUGUAAGAUCUUUCCACACAUUCGACGGUCACUUUAUAUUGGUUUAGUAUACCUUGAUUUGCAACCGGAGACGUAAAUAAACCAAUGGUUCUUUGUAAAUGGUAGAAUUCUGGGAAUCUGGUUCAAUGUAGGUAAUGCGAAAUUUAGAUUGGUAUUAUUUGAUUGGUAUGAAAGUUCCUAGUAAUAGUAUGACGUUUGGAAUUGUGCCCGUUGGCGAGUUUGACGUCAUUUGAAUCAUUUUCAGACACUCCCUAAUUAUAAACAAGUGUAAUAAGAUCUUUACAUGUACAAAUAACUAGUUCAGUCAGUUGUGAUCACAAAUUUCAUUUUUCUUUUUUUGGUUUCGAUUUUUGGGUCGGGCAAAGGAUUACUUAGCUUUUUUCGGUUUGUCGAAAAUUUCUCAGUAGUAGCACGGAGUCUGGAAUUGUGCCCAGUUUAUGGCAAUAGGCUCACCCCCUAUUACAUGGGAUUUAUAACACAAAUAGUGAAAAGUGGGUGUACACUGUAUAACGGCAUUACGUGCUGUUGUUUGCACCUCUGCCUACCCCUUCAGGUAUAAAAGUCGUGACGUUUUACGUUGCAUUUAGUGUUCAAGUUAAUACUGUCAAUGAUUAAAAACAAACAUUUAGGAACCACUGGCCAUAAUAUAUUAAAAAAAAAAUUAACUAAUAAUUAAAAUUUAAAAACUUAAUGUAAGUAUACAAUUAAGAUACAGAUAGCAUCAACGACUCGCUAAAAGAUAAAAAUGAUAAUUAUUAUAAAACGUUUACAAUAAAAGUGGUUGUAAAAAACUCAAUUUUUUAUGGGCGUGCGUUUGAUGGCUUGGCUAAAGUUUUUAUUUUAGUACCGCUAGCUGAUCAAGCUACCCUUCUUAAUCAAAUUUCUUUAAUACAUUAUUAACCUUACGCCUUUAGUAAUAAAGUUGAAAUUCCAUUUAAUUAUAUAGUAUAGCUAGAUGAGCGAGUGUCUGUACGAACACAAAGGCUACUUAUUUCACAAGCGUUGUAGUACAUCUUUUUUUUUCGUGUAAACUGUCAGCAAAUUUAAAAAAAUAUUGCAUAGAGGAUUUAUCUACAGUAGUUUUGUUUUGUGACUUGAAAAUGUACACAAAAGUAAUAUAAGAGCAUGCUUUUUGCUUUACGUAAGUCUUUUUUAAAUAGGGAACAGUCCUAUUGUAGUUUGGACACCUUUCCAUACUCUGAACAACUUAGGAAUUAGCUCAUACCGAAAAAAACUUGAUAAUACUUUUACUUGACUCGAGAAUUGAAUCCAAUAAUGCACCAGUUCUAACAACGACUCGAUCACCACAACAGUCUAUUUCUAGUUAUAAAUCCAUUCACAUAAUUAGAAAAGAAAAAGCUAUUAAAAAAAAAGAACAACUAAAAGGAACACAUUUUUCAAAUUCAACGGUUAUUUUAUAAAAGAAAUGAGCCGAUUCGCGCGCCUCCACAUCAAACAUGGCGAUUGAUGCCGCUGUCACAUCGAAAAGCAAUAUGGCGGCUAACGUUUAUUUUUAUUUUUUUAACGCUUAAGCGUAGGCCACACAGCUAGCGGGCGGGCGGGCUAAGGAAACUAUACAAACUACGCAAAAUAUUGGCGAGGUAAACUAUGUAUAGGGUUCACACCGAAAGCUAUGGACAGACGAGCGACGGAUCCAAGAGAGUCAUUCAUUUCCCUGGGACGCGCCGGACUUCAGUGUUCCGGUGUUUUCAUGUUUGUAUCUACUGUAGAUCCUGGCUUACAGGAGUUGCAGCGGUAUGGGAGGUUGUGGCGGGCUUGUCCCAUUUAAAAAAAAAGACGAGCGACGGGCGGGGCGAAUACACUGCUAUUUGAAACAUGAGCGUCGACUAGUCUACUUGAAACGGGGAGGACAGGCGAACGAACCGGGCGAGCUAAGCUAGCGAAGCACCGCGCCAAGGAGGUGAACGAGUAGCUUUGCUGAAAUCGUCGGAUAUUUCGUUAGCCUACGCCCGAAUACUGAAAUGCUACUCAAUUUUAAGUUGUACUUAAAUAUCGUGCUAUCUCUGUCAUUAUACAAAGAAUUGAUAGUGACAGAACUAGUUUUGAGAGCGUCUUAAAAUUGAGUAGCGUUUGAGUAUUCGGACAUUAGCUCGUUAGGUUAGUCGGUAGCUUGCGGUGUGAACCGAAGACGGUGUGGCCUACCCUUAAGAAUGUUUGGAGAUUUUCCGUAUAUUUAUGAGUUUUCUUUCGGCUUCAAGACAAAAGGUUUAUUUUCGAAAGUUUAUUGUCUACAUAAAUGUUUCUGAUUUAAUUUGCGCCAAAGACAUUAAUGUCGGCGGUGUGAAAUAUGUUUUUAAUUACAUCAUUUGGCAGCUGAGAUUGUAGUUCCAACUCUUCUUGUUCAAAAUAAACAUUCUUGUGAAUAACAGACUAUGAUUUUUAACUAGCACUUUGUCUGUAGUUAUUUUUUUAAUGAAAUAUAAUUAUGUGUCUUGUGCGACCUUAAUUUUUGAAUUAUGUGUAUGACAUUUGACAGUUUUGAUGUGUAUGUCAAAGUCAUAAUUGUAUUUCAAAGAUAAAAAAAUACAUUUUGAACGGAAUAAUGUGACUGUUUGUCGGUGGUUUAGGCGGUCAUUAGGUACAUUUAAUGCGAUCUUUGAGUUAAAUAAAGAUUUAUUAUAUUUUCUGUAAUUGAGUAGAAUGAUCUAGAAUUUACUGCGGUUUUAAUAGAUACAAUCUUUUAUAAAAAAGUUACAAGAAAUAAAACUACAUCUUUACCUAUUCCUUUCAACAAUAAAAAGCAUGAAUUUAUGUUAUUAUUCUAACAUCUAUUAUCCCAUAUGACUCACACAAAAACAUUUCGAUAUAUCGAAUCGAAUUACUCGAUUAAUCGGACCGCUAUGUGAAAAUCGAUUAUCAUUUUAACGAUGAUUCAUAAAUUCGUCUGCAAUUUUGAUUCUCAUCCAAAUUUCAAAAUAUUUCAAGCUUUUUAGUUUCUACUGCUUUGAUUACUGAGUAGAAAUGCUGUAAAUCUAAAAGUUUGCGGGUUUGAUUAUGGUGUCAGUCAAAGUAUUAGUAUUGUAUCUGAAAUUCUCUGUAGGGUUAUUCUUACCAACAUACCUCUUUAAUGAUUAUAAAGACAAAGCAUUUAUUGUUUAAUCCUUAAUUAGGCACUUUUGAAACGUCAAACUGAAUUGUCUGUCAGUAUGUCUGUCAGUGAAGCUAGGUGCUAAUUCUAAAGUGUUGUGUGUGUAAACUUUAUUGGAUGAUUAUCCCGUUCAAAAAAAAAAUGGUUUGUACCAUGUGCAUUAUUGUCUAACUUCGUAUAAUAAUAAUAAAAGACUACAAUUUAUUUCAACCAGAUUUCAAUCGGAUCUUCGACAUUUUGUUUUUUUUUUUCGUUUUUUCCGAUCAAUAAAAACUAAUUCGGCCUUCAUCUAAGUCAUUGGCAGCUUUACCUGCGAAAUCCUUACAUAAAAUUACCUGUAUUCCAUUCUAAACUUUAUCUUGCUCAAUUUAAAGUUUAUUUCCGUGUUUAUUGUUACAAUUUCUUGGAAUCUUUACAUUCUGGAUAUCAAUAUUCGGUUUUGAACUUUAAUUCUCCGAGUAUAGAGUUAAUUUUGGCUCUUUUGUUAAAUUUCCACGGUUGUCAUGUUAAUUUCUAGUUUGUUGUAGGGGAUUUUUGAGUGCAAAUUCUGGUCUAUUUUUAUUCAGUUAAAUAAUAUUAACAAUGAGGAUUUGUUAGUGUUGUAAUGUUAAAUGUCUGCUUAUAGUGAAUGACAAUGGAUGAAAGAGACCUCUAUUAAAUGUAAUUCAUUAAAGAAUAAUACAAUAUUAUGUGAUCCUCUGUCCACUCUAUCGACGAGUAAAAGCACCAUCGUCAUCAUCGGCCCUUGUUCGUCCACUGCUGGACAUAGGCCUGUGCAAUAUCAUGCCACUGAGCUCGAUCUUCAGCUCUUCGCAUUCAACCACUGCAAACCUCCUUGCAGAUAUCGUCACUCCACCUAGCUUGAGGGCGCUCUAUACUACGUUUGCCUAGACGCGGUCUCCACUCUAGAAUACGUAAUAGUGUGAUGUUAUAUUAGCUAAGGAAACUGACAUCAGUUUAAGUUUUUUUUAAAGAGUAACGAUGGAGUUUUUCACUCUUUCUGCUCGAUUCGAAGCUACACUUUGAAAUGAGCAGCUUUACUGACUGACAAUUCAAUUUGACGUGCCUAUUUUAGGAUUCAUUUAAAUAAAUACUUUUACUUUGCCAAAAAGCGACAGUCUUCUACUAUCAAAUCACUUUUGCCUACCCCUUCAUAAAGCAACGACGGUAAAAUCACACCGAAAAAUCGAAACAGCCGUCAAAAUUCGACAAAAUCAUUAUAUUUGCUGCAAACUAAUUAACAAGAGAAAAGCAGGGGGUCGCUGCGCCCCCAUAAUGAGCCUAUAAGCCCCCUGAAAUCAUUUCUAUGGGGUUCAAAUCCGCACACAACAGAUUCUAUAGAAUGUCGCUUUGCUACAUUUCUGCAUUAUGUGCUGUCUCUUUCUGUCUCAUAGGUAUUUGUAUUACAAGGGUGUUUUGUCUCUUUCUAAAUGUUGGUAUGGGUGUUUCGUUUAUUUUGCUAUAGGUUUGAAAUGGUAAUAUUAUUAUUCUGGUCUUUUUCUGUCAGUGUUUCUUUAGCAAGGGAGAAAAAUUAUCCAAUGACUUCACCCGCCUUGGGCGAAGGGAAAGGGAGACUCAGACUCUUACUGAAUAAAAACAACCACAUUCCUACUCCUGCUUUUCGAGCAGCCCCGGUAACCCGCUAGGUAGUCCGCAGCUCCGAUAUUAUCUGAGAGUCUCUGUGUUUCUAUAGGUAAAACAAUGACAUAGGUACUUAGAAAUAUUUCAAUAUCUUUAUUGAAAUAUAGCUCUCAUUUUCGCUUUAACUUCAGAUGAAAGUAACAAAUCUAAAAUUGUGUCGUGAACGUAAAAUUCUAUGAGACUCCUAACGUAACAUUCUGAUUAUUAGUAGUACAUUUUUACCUAUACAUUUGUGGUCUUUCUGGGAAUAAAAAAAUCCAUUGAAUAUUCCUCCUUAACCAACUUGACAACAAAAAAGUAUUCACAUUAACAAUCCUGCGGCGUUUACUUUAAAGUGUAUAUUAACAUAAUUAAUUAAUUAAACAUCAGUUGUUAUUCUUUGGUGUUUUACCGACAAUUUACCUCUACAACUCACAUCUCUACAGCAGAGGGUUUGCCAUAAUCUUUGCACUUGGCAGACGGAUUGGGGAUCGCAGUUUACAAAGCUCAGAUUUGUCAGUAAUACCUGCUAUCUAGUCCUUCAGUCAAAUGUGUUGAGAUUUAUCAUAAAUACCUGCUAUGUAGUCUGUUAGUCAAACGUAUUUAUAAGUCGAUUCUUAAGAGACUUACAAGGUGGACCCUUUUUAUUGAGGGUGGAAAAUCAUCCAAUGGCUUCUCACGCCUUGGGCGAGGCGAGAGGCCUCUGAGAUUAUAACUGAUUAAAAACCACCCGUGUCCUACUCCUGCUUGUCGAGCCGGAGCCCCGGUAAACCCGCUAGGUAGUCCGCAGCUCGGAAUCGGACCGAAGGGUUUUUCAAGCAACAGCUAAUUUGUAACUGUAGAAGAAAAUUGACAUUUGACAGUUUUAAGUAUGGAACAAUUGUCAAAUAUUUAAAAUUCCUCCGAUGAAAUUGAUCUGGCUUUGGCAUGAUCGGAUAUCUAGUGUUGGUAAAACGGGCCUCAGUCUAAUAAUGAUUUAGGAAUACUCGAUACUGAAAGAAUCUCAAUACAAUUUGUAACCCAAACGUUGCUAACAAACAUUUUUCUUAGUACUCUCUCUAUAGUUUUUUAUUACUUGUGCUGUGUAUCUAGUUUAAUUCAUUGCCUGAUUAUUAUUAAUUAAUAUGAUGACCUCAUUUGCAGAAUCUCGAAAGAAAAUCAGUCCGUUAGGUUAAAUUAAAGGUUACUUAAUUAAAAUAUUAAUAAAAAAAUACAUAAUUUUUAUAUUAAAAACUGUUUUUUUUGAAAUGUUUGCCAGAUGGAAGAAGUUCUUUUUGUUUGCUUUUGAUUUUCAUUUUAAAUGAAUAUGUAUUAGUUAAAAUCAUUAUAAGCUUGAGUUAGUGACAGUGAUACAAUAAUUGUAUAACUAAAUGGGAAAAUACCAUCACUGCCAAUAGAAGACUGUUGAAAGCAAAUCCUAUUUUAACACACAGCAAUAGAGUCCUAAAUCAAACAGAAAUAUACCAUACAGACAAUGAGUCAAAUAGCAAAAAUUCUACACAACACUCCCUUUAAAAAAUUAGGGUGAGAAACUUUGCCAUUUGCCAUGAACCCAAUUUUUAUCCUAAACGUAGCAGAUGGUGUGUGAAAUUAAUCGUGACUGCUUAUACGGGCUGAUAUAAUAAUCAUCAACAGCAGCUGGAAUUACUAUAAUCCCCUUGCUUGGCAGAUGAUUUGUGAUCAUAGUUAGGUCUUAGAAAGUUGAUAUAUUGCUAGGCUAUUCUGUAACUGUCAAUUCGAACUUUUGAAGUAAACUCGUUUGCAUUCUCGCCCGUCAUUGGUCAAGAUUAUUCUCACAACCAAUGACAUGGCGAUCUGCUAUCGAGUUCACUUCGAUCUUUUGAAUUCAAAGUUACAGAAUACCCUAUCAGCCUAGCUGUUACCCGUCUCUCAGUAGCUAAUAAGAUCCAAAAUAAUGACAAUUUUGAGAAUAUUAAGUCUCCUUCUAAACCCAUAGAUUCCAAAAUAUUACGUCACUGUCUCACUGCUUCUAGCUUAAUUGGUAAACAAAAGACUAUCUGUCAAUCUAUUGUUUCAUUUAAAGUCAGUUGUGCAACGAAACUCAGCCAGCGUUUAUCUUGUUUUCAGACAAAUAUAACACAAAUAAAUGAAAGUUUGUUUGUGCAAUUCAAAUAGCUAUUGUAGCAAUACCACUUCACGGUUAUUUGAGCAACGCAACGGCCUAAGUGUGUUUUUUAUUGCUACUGAAUAAGUCGUUUUAUGUAAUAGGAAAAAAGGACUAAAAUAGCACUUUUGUAUAAGGUUUUGUGUGUUUCUGUCUGGCAAACGUUUUAAAAAUAAUAAUUGAUAUUGUGUAAGCCUACAAUUAUAUUGUCUGUGACAAGAUUUCCUUUUAAAAGCUAUUGUUAGUUGAUACAAAAUGUUUAUUUUCGGUCUAGUAACUCAGGUAUAGAGCAACAAUCCUAUAAAACGUGCCUGUUUUUAUCGAAGAUUUCCUUAAAACUUUACAUUUUUAAUUACAUUUAAUUACACAAAAAAAAAAAUCGUAAAUUUAAUUUUUUACGCGGUAAAAAUGUAAAGUUUAAACGGAGUGUUUCGGUAAAGCGUUUGUUUGCUCAGUAACGGUUGUAAAAUCUUCAUGACCCAUUUUUUGUAUGUAUAAUCUUGUUUUAUACGAAAAGCAAGAGCAAUGAACUAUACUUAGCCAUCUACUAUAAAUAAACUAAAUAGACGAAUGAAAUUAAAUGAAGGAUUUAAGAAAAAUUAUAUUACAUUUUUUAUAUUUAAUCAGUGUUAAUGAUACAUUUAUUAUGAGUAUAAAAUGAAAUUUGAAUUGUAUAAAAAAAGAAAAAUAGAUUUUUCUUUAAAAUUACAAGUUCAUUGCUCUUACUGAUUCAUCGUUUUUUACUACUUUUUAAAUGAAAAUAAAGUUCCAUUUUUAUUAAUAAAUAUUCGCAUUGGUGCUACUAGCGAUCGCUAAAAUAGGUUUUUUUUUACAUUUUUUUGUAUUAUUUAAUUUUAUUUAUUGUAAUUAUCCUUUUGUACUUAUUUCACUUUAUAGACUUUUUUCGAUGUACUUAAUUUUUUUAACUUAAUUAUUAUUAUUAGCGAGAAAAUUAUAGAAUUAUGAAAAAAAAGCUUCAGCUACCUCUCUGUAAACUGUUCUAAAGGUAUUUUUGUAAAGAUAAACUAAUCUUAGUAUUAGUAAAUUAAGCUUAAAACCCUGAGCCACUAGACCGAUUUUAGCAAUUUCCUAAAAAGCUAAAAAUAAAAGAUUCAAAAUCCAACACAUUUUUCCUACAAAAAAAAAACAUGGAUAUUAAAGAAAAAAAAAAACAAUCGAGUGCGUGAACCGUCACGUAUUAAAAAUGGGUUCUGUAGAUAUUUUUCGAACAGAAUUUUCUUAAAGAAAUCUUACUGAAAAAUUUACGGCAAUAUUUUUUUGCUCAAAAAUGGUGACCUCAGUAUGUGAAUUUGUAUUAUAUUGGCUUGUAUUUUUGUUGUUCCUUUAAUAGCUACGGGACCCUAAAGAUACUUAAUAGGUUGUAGGGUAACGGUCUAUUCCGUUAGUGUACUGUACAAUAUAAUUAUUUUGCAGCCGUAUUGUUAGUUAAAAAGCUGUAAUUUUUAAAAAAUAUCGCUGCCAUAAAUGUCUCUAAGUUCAUUUUGGAAAAAUGUAAAUUUAACGGUUAAGGCAGAGUUUAUUUUUCACCUCUUAAAAACAUAUAUGUAAUUAUUUCAAUUUCAUUUUAUUUAUUUAUUGAUUGAUUGUGAAAUAAAAUUUAUAAUCUGUUUAAAUGAAAUUGCAUUUUCAUUUUAAAUGAAUAUUUUUUUCCUAAACAUGUCUUCAAUAAUUUGAUUAUAAAUUAUGGGUUUUUUAAUAUGUUGUUUUAAUAUUAUAAUUGUAUAAAAAAUAAAAUCUCUGCCUAAUUACCUGAAUUGUGGGACGAAUAAGUUAAAUAUGAAAACAGUUGUUAAUAAAAUUGGUUUAACGUUUCGUAAAGGCUAAAGAAUGACAUCAAUUGAAUGUGAAGCCAAAACAACACUGCCAUUUUGAAAAAAAGAACACUAUCAUAAUUUUAAUUGCGCUUUUAAAGGCUAUCUUGUUUUUACUCUCUAGAUGGCACUCUUGUAUAAAAUCUGUUUGUCCAAUCAGUGUAGUUGUCAAAAAUUAAAUGUAAAACUGUUUGACAUGAUCUUAGUCGCUGUUGGAUAAACAGACAUCAUAUAUUACUACAGACUUAGCGUUACCUGUACCCUUAGUAUAAGUUUGCUUUACGUUUGAAGUUAUCGAAACGAGAGAGCGUUUGGUGCUAUGAUUGGUUGGUUUAUCGAGUUGGCCAAUCAGAGCGCCGAAUGCGUUAUCGUUUCGAUUAUUUUAAACGUAAAGCAAACUCAUAAUAAGGUCAAUGCUUCGUACUGCAAUAAUGGUUUUAAUACUUUUUUUGUAAAGCAUUGUCAAUUUGUUUUGACCACAUUCAAUUGAUGUAAGUAAGGUCUUUCGAAACAAAAAUGGACUUGAAUUUAAAAGCAAUAUGUUAGAAAAAUGACCUCAAAAUAACCUUGUUGUUAAAUAUCGAGAAAUGGAAAAUAAAUUGUCAUUUAUUUCUCAUUUUUAAAUAUUUAACCUGUUAGACAGUCCACUUAGUAUUAUUAUGUAUCUAUAAGUGUCACAUAAUGUAUUGUAUUGUAUAAUGUAUUGUAUUUAAAUGAAAUGGAAAUUUGAGGUCAUUAUCUAACGUAUAAUUUUUAAAUACAGUCCGUUAUGGGAAAUUUGUAAAAAAAUAAUGAAAAAAAUGGGAGGUUCGAAAAAUAAAUGUACCUACUAAGUAUUUGAUAAAUGGAAAUAAAUAAACUUGUAAAUAUGUUGUUAAAAUUAAGAGUAGACCCUGUAGAUAUUUAUUUGUACGAUUUCGGGCCUUUGUUGAAAUCCAAAGUUUUUAAUUUAUUUUUCGACCAAUAAAUGUUGGAGAGAACUA